CAUAUAAACUUUUUCAUUUCUUCAUUUCCAUGUUUUUAUAUUUCUCCAGGCAAUGCUUCUGGCUGUGUGCCAUGUUCAUGCCACACAGCUGGUGCUAUCAAUCACAUCUGUAAUAGCCAGACUGGCCAGUGCACCUGCAAAAAUGUGUCCACUGCUGGCCAAAGCUGUGACCAAUGUGAAGACCAUUACUUUGGAUUUGAUCCUCAGACUGGAAGAUGUCAGCCUUGCAACUGUCAUCUCUCAGGAGCCUUGAAUGAUACCUGUCACUUGGUCACAGGCCAGUGUUUCUGUAAACAGUUUGUCAGUGGCUCAAAGUGUGACACUUGUGUUCCUGGUGCAAGCCAUUUGGAUGCCAACAGUCUAUUUGGGUGCAGCAAAACUCCAUCCCAGCAACCUCCACUCAGAGGACAAGUUCAAAGUUCUUCUGCUAUCAGUCUCUUCUGGAAUCCACCUGAUUCUCCAAAUGCCCACUGGCUUACUUACAGUUUAUUCAGGGAUAGUCAUGAAAUGUACACAACUGAAGAUCAAUACCCAUACAAUAUUCAACAUUUCUUAGAUACUUCCCUGACACCACAUACCUCAUAUUUAUAUUACAUCAAGACUGCCAGUGUGCACAGUUUAACAAGGAGUAUUGCUGUCAUUUACAGAACAAAGCCAGGGGUUCCAGAGGGACACUUGAACUUAAGUUAUAUCACUCCUAUUAGUUCUGACUUUCUAACAUUUACCUGGGGUGAACUCUCCAAUCAUUUUGGUCCAAUAGUGCAAUAUAUUUUAUCCUGCUCUGCUUUGGACAGCAUUCAGCCCUGUGUUCACUAUGAAGGUCAUGAAACUUCAGCUACCAUCUGGAAUCUGGUGCCAUUCACCCACUACCAUUUUUCUGAACAAGCGUGUGCUAGUGGGGGUUGUUUACACAGUUUGCCCAUUAUAGUAACCACAGCCCAGGCACCUCCCCAAAAGCUGAGUCUACCUGGGAUACUGAAAAUCAGUCCCACAGAACUUCAUGUAGAAUGGUCUCCACCCAUGGAGCUUAAUGGAGUAAUUAUAAGAUAUGAAUUGUACAUGAAAAGAGUGAGAUCUACUGAAGAGAGUCAAGUGUUCCAGAGCAGUGGCUUUUUCGGUCCUCACCCACUUGCAGUAUCAGCCAAUGAAACUGAACUAAAGCCUCCUGAAACUACUGUAUCCAUCAUUGGCUUGCAGCCAUACAUUGAGCAUGAGUUUAGAGUGUUAGCUAUGAAUAUGGCUGGUAAUGUGUCUUCUGCCUGGAAGUCAGAAAGAACAGGAGAGUCAGCUCCUGUAUUCAUGCUCCUUCCCUAUGUCUUUCCACUCUCGUCACACUCUCUCAAUGUGUCCUGGGGGAAGCCAAGAGAAGAUGUGACAAGGGGAAAAGUCAUAGGGUAUAACAUCACUAUGAUUUCUGAACAGUCACCUCAACAAUCUGUUCCAGCAUCAUUUUCACAGCUGUUGCACACUGCUAAAUCCCAAGACCUGUCUUACAUUGUAAAAGGACUGAAGCCUUAUAGAAAAUACAGCUUUAUCGUUUCUCUCUGCAAUUCAAUUGGUUGUGUAACCAGUGCUUCAGGAGCAGGACAAACUUUAGCAGCAGCACCUGCCCAACUGAGGCCUCCUGUGGUGAAAGAAAUCAACAGCACCACCAUCCACAGUAGCUGGCUCCCACCUGAAGAAGUAAAUGGGCCCUCUCCUCAGAACCAGCUGGAAAGGAGAGAGUUGUCCUUCCCUGCUCUAAUGGCUGCCAGGAUGAAAGGAAUUCACUUCAUGGGAAAUGAGUAUUGUGAAUUUUCCAGCACAGCUCACCCAGUUGGCAGAGGCUUUGCUGGCAUUAAGGCCAGCUUCCAAACGAUGGUUCCUGAAGGUUUAAUCGUCUUUGCAGUAGCUCCUGGCACAGAAGAGUAUUUUGCACUUCAGUUGAAGAAUGGCUGUCCUUCUUUUCAUUUUGAUACUCAGGGGUCAUCAGUGGAAGUUACCACAACAAAUGAUCAUGGUAAACAAUAUAAUGAUAGCAAAUGGUGUGAAAUAAUUGCUAUAAGGCAUGAGGCUUUUGGCCAAAUCACUGUUGACGGGCAGUAUACAGGAUCCUCAUCCACCCUGAAUGGUAGCACUAUUAUUGGGAAUAAUACCAAGUUGUUUGUAGGAGGACUGCCACAGGGUUAUACCACCCUCAGGAAGGAUCUUGAGAUAAUCCAAAAAGGUUUUGUGGGCUGUCUCAAGGAUGUAUAUUUUAUGAAGAACUAUAAUCCCUCUGUUAUCUGGGAACCUCUGGAUUGGCACAGUUUGGAAGAGCAAGUCAAUGUGUAUAACAGCUGGGAGGGAUGUCUCACUUUGUUAAAUGAAGGAGCCCUGUUUCCAGGAACAGGGUUCCUGGAACUUCAUUCAAAUAUGUUUCAUGGUGGAAUGGACUUUGAGAUUUCCCUUAAGUUCAAAACUGACCAGUUGAAUGGGCUGCUUCUUUUCAUUUACAACAAAGAUGGACCUGAUUUUCUUGCCAUAGAGCUAAAGAGUGGAAUAUUGAGCUUCCAGUUAAAUGCCCGUCUUGCCUUUAUACAAGUGGAUCUUUGGCUGGGCCUGUCCUACUGUAAUGGAAAGUGGAAUAAAGUAAUUAUUAAAAAGGAAGGCUCCAUCCUAUCAGCAAGUGUAAAUGAACAGAAAGAGAAUGCUUCAAAGGCUGGAGCCCAGCCACUGGUGGUGAAUUCACUUAUCUAUGUGGGUGGAAUCCCACAGGAGCUGUGGAGCUCUUAUGGACACUUGAGUUUGGAACAAGGUUUCAAUGGUUACGUGAAGGAUGUUAAAUUUACACGGGGUGCUGUCGUUAACUUGGCAUCUGUGUCCAGCAGUGCUGUCAGAGUCAAUCUGGAUGGGUGCCUAUCAACUGACAGCACUGUUAACUGCAGGGGAAAUGACUCCAUCCUCCUUUACCAGGGAAAAGAGCAGAGUGUUUACGAGAGUGGUCUUCAGCCCUUUGCAGAAUACCUGUAUCAAGUCAUAGCCUUACACGAAGGAGGUUCAGUGUACAGUGAUUGGAGUCGAAGACAUACAUCAGGAGCAGCUCCACGAAGUGUGCCAACUCCCUCAAGAGUCCAAAGCAUAAGUGGAUAUAGGAUUGAAGUGACCUGGGAUGAACCUAUCAUAGUUAGAGGUGUAGUUCAGAAGUACAUUCUGAAAGCCUACAGUGAGGGUGACCCUCAUUUGUCCCGGAUGCCUUCUGCCAGUGCUGAGUUUGUCGAUACCAGUACCUUCACAGGCAUAUUGACAGGCUUACUACCCUUCAAAAACUAUGCGGUAACCCUAACUGCUUGCACUCUGGCUGGCUGUACUGAGAGCUCACAUGCAUUGAACAUCUCUACUCCACAAGAAGCUCCACAAGAAGCUCAGCCACCAGUAGCCAACUUACUUCCUAAUUCUUUGUUACUCUCUUGGAACCCACCCAAACAAGCAAAUGGUAUUAUAACCCAGUACUCUUUAUACAUGGAUGGGAGGCUGAUCUAUUCAGUCAGUGGGGAGAAUUACACAGUCACAGGUUUAGGGGUAUUUACACCCCACCAGUUUAUACUCGGUGUGUGCACAAAUGUGGGAUGUACAAACAGCUCCCAGUCUACACUGUAUACAGCACAGCAACUACCAGAACAAGUGGAUUCCCCAAUUUUGACUGUCCUGGAUUCCAGAACUAUAUAUGUACAAUGGAAACAACCAAAAAAAUCAAAUGGAAUUCUGGAAUGCUAUGUAUUAUAUAUUUUGAAUCAUACUCAUGAUUUUGUAAUUUGGAAUGUUAUCCAUAACAGUACCGAACCCUUCCGGGAUCACACACUACCAUACUUGUUCCCGGGUAAUAAAUAUCUCAUCAAGCUGGGAGUUUGCACAGGGGGCGGGUGCACAGUGAGGGAGGCCACCCAGGCCCAAACCGAGGAGACUAUCCCAGAAGGUGAGCCAGCCCCCAAAACCUGUUCCUAUUUACCUGACUCCUUUAACAUCUCCUGGACUGAACCUGAAUAUCUGAAUGGUGUUAUCACAAGUUACGGAUUAUAUCUAGAUGGUGUAUUAAUUCACAAUUCCUCAGAACUCAGCUGUCAUGCCUAUGGAUUUGCUCCUGGGAGCUUACAUUCCAUGCAAGUGCUAACACGCACAGCCAAAGGUUGUGCUCUGGGCCCACUGGUGGAAAAUCGAACUCUAGAAGCUCCUCGUGGAGGAACAAUAAAUGUGUUUGUCAAAACAGAGGGAUCCCGGGCAGCCCAUAUGAGAUGGGAAGGACCUUUUUGCCCUAAUGGACACUUAACAUACUCAAUCCUUGUUACUGGGAUUUUCUACGCAGAUCAAGCAGACAAUAACUACACCCUUCAGAGUGGCACAAAAGUCAUGCACCUCAGUGAAGAGACAAACCUUUGGGUGCCCAUCAAUGAGCCGGUUCCCUUUACUGGCUAUACAGUACUAGUGAACGCUUCCAAUAGCCAAGGCAGCUUGACAAGCAACCACGCAACUCUUGUAAUGCCUCCAGGGGCUCCAGAUGGCGUGCUGCCUCCCAGGCUUUCAUCUGCCACUCCAACCAGUCUUCAGGUUGUCUGGUCUAUACCAGCUCGUAACAACGCUCCAGGCUCUCCCAGAUACCAACUCCAGAUGAGACCUGCCUACUCCAACCACACCUUUCUAGAAUUAUUUCCCAAUCCUUCUGCGUCGUUAAACUAUGAAGUGAGAGAUCUUCAACCAUACACAGAGUACGAGUUUUGGUUGGUUGCCUCCAAUGGAUUUGGCAGUGCACACAGUUCUUGGAUACCAUUCAUGACUGCAGAGGACAAACCUGGACCUAUGGAUCCUCCAAUUCUUCUGGAUGUGAAGUCAAGAAUGAUGUCCAUCACCUGGCAGUGUCCUUUAAAGUGCAAUGGGGUCAUUACCCAUUAUAACCUUUGCCAACAUGACCAUUUAUACUUGAGAACUUCUGGAAAUGUCACUAAUUACACAGCAAUCCAUUUACACCCAUAUACUGCCUAUAAGUUUCAUAUAGAAGCCUGUACUUCAAAAGGAUGCUCCCUCUCACCAGAGUCCCAGACAGUAUGGACACUCCCAGGGGGGCCAGAAGGCAUCCCAAGUCCAGAGCUGUUCUCUGAUACUCCAACAUCCGUCAUUAUAUGUUGGCAAUUCCCCAACCACCCCAACAGCUUGGUGGAGAACUUCACAAUCCAGAGAAGAGUCAAAGGAAAGGAAGACAUUACUACUCUGGUGACUCACCCAAGAAGUCAUUCCAUGAGGUUUCUUGACAAGGCUCCUGCUCUUAGCCCAUGGACAAAAUAUGAAUACCAGGUGCAGAUGAGCACACUAGAUGGAAGCACAAACAGCAGUGCUUGGGUAGAAGUCACGACAAAACCUUCACAACCUGCUGGGGUACAGCUGCCAGUGAUGCAAGUGCUGGGAUCCAAUGCAGCCAAGAUCACUUGGAAACCCCUACUUAUCCCAAACGGAGACAUACUGAGCUAUGAGAUCCGCUUGCCUGACCCUCACAUCACAAUAACCAAUGUAACUGCCUCAGCCUUGAGUCAAAUAAUUGCUCCUCUGAUUCCUUUCACUAAUUAUUCUAUCACCAUUGCUGCUUGCUCGGGGAGUAACUCAUACCUCGGAGGGUGCACGGAGGAUUUACUUAUCUAUGUUACCACCCACCCCACAUUACCGCAGGAGGUCAGCCCAUUGUCAGUGAUUCUGCUAAGCAAAUCAUAUGUUGGAAAUUCUUGGCAACCACCAUCUAAGCCAAAUGGACCUAACUUGAGAUAUGAGCUUCUGAGACAUAAAACCCAGCAACCACUUGCUUCAAAUCCCCCGGAAGAUUUAAAUCUGUGGCACAAUAUUUAUUCAGGAACUCAGUGGUUUUAUGAAGAUAAGGGUCUUAGCAGGUUUACAACCUAUGAGUAUAAGCUCCUUGUACACAACAGUAUGGGUUUUACAUCAAGCCAAGAAACGACCAUUACAACACUAGCUGGCCUUCCAAGGAGAGGAGCUGAUCUCACUGCCCGUGUUCUUAGCCUCACAGCCAUAGAUGUGAGAUGGGCUCAGCAAACUUUUCAAGAACUACAGGGUGAUGUUGAAAAUUAUACACUCCUUUGGAGUUCUGCUACCUCAAAUGAAUUCCUAAAAAUCCUCCCAGAUGUAAACUUUUAUGUCAUUGGCCACUUAAACCCAAACACAAAAUAUCGGAUUUUUAUCUCUGUCUACAAUGGAGUCCACAGCAUCAACAGCACAGUACUGCACAUAACCACUUGCGAUGGGGAGCCUCAGGGCAUGCUUCCUCCAGAGGUUGUCAUCAUCAACAGUACAGCUGUACAUGUCAUCUGGACAUCUCCUUCAAACCCAAAUGGUGUUGUCACUGAGUAUUCUGUCUAUGUAAAUAAUAAGCUCUACAAGACUGGAAUGAAUGUGCCUGGGUCAUUUAUUCUGAGAAGGCUGUCUCCGUUCACUAUCUAUGACAUUCAGGUUGAAGUCUGUACAAAAUAUGCCUGUGUGAAAAGCAAUGGAACUCGAAUCACCACGGCAGAAGAUACUCCCAGUGAUAUACCAACACCUAUAAUUCAUGGCAUCACAUCAAGAUCCCUUCAAAUAGAUUGGAUGACUCCAGGGAAACCAAAUGGCAUCAUUCUUGAAUAUGAUCUUUUACGAAAAACAUGGCAUUCAUGCCCCAAAACCCAAAAGCUAGUGGAGAAUCACAGUAAUAAGCUCUGUCAGGCAGUAAAGUGUCAAAAACCUGAAAACAUCUGUGAACACAUUUGCUAUUCUCCUGAAGCUAAGGUUUGUUGUACUGGAGUGCUCUAUGACCCCCAGCCUGGAUACCACUGUUGUGAAGAAAAAUAUAUCUCAUCCACCCUGAAUUCAACUGGAGUUUGUGGUGGUGGCCAAAUACGAGAAGUACAACCAAGUCAUCAGUGCUGCUCUGGGUAUUACGCUACAAUUCUCCCAGGUGAGGAUCAUUUCCAG